AUGUCCUUUCGUCGUUGGGUUUCUGCGUUCCCCGCAUAUGGCUUUCUUCAAGGCUUUGCGCGUGAAUUUUUAGGAAACAUUGUGGCUUGUGGACCCGUCCCACAACAUAUUGCUUUCAUCAUGGACGGUAAUAGACGGUUUGCCCAAAAUAAUGGACUUGAACUAGGAGAAGGUCAUGUGGCAGGGUUUGAGAGUCUUAGCAAUAUUCUCGAAAUCUUAUAUAACCUAGGAGUCUAUGCAGUCACCGUUUAUGCUUUUAGCAUUGAAAACUUUAACCGUCCAGAACACGAAAUUGAAUCUCUUUUUAACAUUAUUCGCAGUAAACUUCUUCUUAUUUCGGAGAAAGAUGCAAUUCCUCAUCGUUAUGGUGUCUCGGUUCGUUUUAUUGGAAAUAGAGAACUUAUUCCAGAAGAUAUCAUUGUACUCAUUGAAAACCUCGAAGAUGCCACUAAAGAUAUGACCAGAGGAAUCCUCAACAUUGCUUUCCCCUAUACUUCUCGCGAUGACAUGGCCCAAGCAAUCCGUAAUAUCGUAUCCGACGCAGAGACUAAGGACUUGGACCCAACCGCCAUUGACGAGCCGCUUUACGAGCGAACAAUGUACACUGGCCAGUCUCCACCACUUGACAUUAUGGUGCGCACGUCAGGUGAAACGCGGUUAUCAGAUUAUAUGAUUUGGCAGAGCUGCGAUAAUUGCUCCGUAGAGUUUAUCCCCACCUUGUGGCCGGAUAUUAAUUCUUGGGAUGCUUUCAAGAUUAUCUUCAAGUGGAGCUACAAAAUGUAUAAGCAAAAGUGA